UCGGUGCAAGGCCAACUACUACUCCGUGCUGCUUUCGGUUGCUAAGGAGACACGGUGGGCAGGUGAGAUGAUGAAGCUGUUGAUGACAGCGUCUCAGUGAGGUUGGAAGGGUCAGUCUGGCCGGUUGAGGUGGGGUGGGGACACCACAAACCUCGCCAGAAGUCUGACGGACUGACAAACACCACCACUUCCUCUUCUCUUCCUCCUCCCUUCCUCAUUGGCAUCAGCGUGUCACCAUGGUGACGCUCAUCACAGAGCAACUCCGCAAACAGAAUCUGGAGGAGCCCCCUUACCGCAGGGCUUUCUCUCUUAAUGUGUCGUUGCCUGAAGUGGGUUCUAACCCCACUGUGUAUUGGCGCGGGUAUGGGUUGACUCCAGAGAGCAGUUGGUCUAUGUUCUCAUCCUCCAAGACCCAUCUGCAGGACGCCUCCUCUGUCCUGGACCCCCUAGGAACCCCUCUCCCCAGCACCUCUGUGACAGACCUGUCCCUACAGAGCUCCCCGCCGCUGCCCCCUCCUCCUCCCAAACGCCACUGCCGCUCCCUGUCCGUCCCUGAGGACCUGUCCAGCUGCCGCACCCCCUGGCGCCCCAGCGCCUCCAAGAUCUGGACCCCCGUCAAGCGCCGCUGCCACAGCGGAGGGGGUGUGGCCGGCAUGGGGGUUGGCUCCUUGGUGGGCUCCGUACCCCUCCGAGGCCCCAGCUCCUCCCUCACCUCCUCCCUGCACUCCUCCUCCAGUCCCACCUUCUUCAGUCUGGCCCUGUCCCCUGACUCCCCUCUCCCGUGGAGUGUUUCCUGGGACCACUAUGACCCGCCCAGGGAGGGCUGUGCCGGUUUUUUCCCCGCUUCCUGCUCCUCCUCCCCGGCCACGCUGGGUUCCUGUCGGCCCCUGCAGCAGCGCCGCUUCUCCCUGUCACCUGUGCACAUCCUGCCCCCCCGGCCCUCUCGUGCUCCAGCUCUAGCCCCUCGCUACCUUGGGAUGGAGCCCCCGGCCCCCUCCCCCACUCCCUCCUCGGCCUGUAGUACCCCGUCGUCCUCAAGGCGUGUCCUGCCCCUCCGUCUCCCACGCUGCCACUCUCAGCCCUGUGAUCUACGUAAGCCUGGCCUGAAGCGACGCCAUGACCCGGACACGCUCCCCUACUACACCAGGCCCGGCCUCGACUUCAGCAAGAUGACUCAGAUUCGCAGUGGUGAGCCGCUGGUGUGUGGAGCGGCUGUUUGCGUGGAGAUGGAGCCUGUUCAAGGGGACUUCAGAGGAACCUUUUCCCCUGCAGACCUCAUGGGAAGAACCAGCAUCGGACCGCUAAGUGAAAGUGAGGAGGAAGAUUAUGAGGAUGAUGAGGAUAAAAUAAAUAUGGGUGUGCUAGAGGCUGGACAGCCGAGUGUGUUUGAGAGAGACUGCACAGAACUGGACUUGAACCUCAUUGAGGAGAACUGAAAGAGGUCCCUUGUGCUCUCUGUGUGCUUGAUAUUCAUAGUUAUCCACCACACAAACACUUUAUAUAAAUGUUUUCAAUGAAGGUGAAAUGAUAAAUAAACGCACACCCCUGGCUGAGCCCUCAGGAACCUGCUGCCUUGCUAGGGUCCACACCAGGGGCCUUCAUAUCACUGGCUGACUGUAGACUAAUAAGAAUCAAUAUUACCAUUAUUGUAAUGCUAGAGCAACUUCGACAAGCUCAUGUUAUUCAGCAUUUCUGGAAAAUGUCAUUUUGCCUGACUGUACUGUAUGGGCAAAUGUGUAUAUCCAGAAACCCAAUGAAGAGAAAGGCUAAGAAGUGAUGAAUUCUGAAGGUACAAAAUAGGCUCUUUCUAAUUAUCUGGGUAGUUGGUGUACGACUGCUACUACCAUAAUAAAAAUGAUGCCGUUUGGUUCUAUGGACACUCCUGUCGGCAGGAUACAUUUCUGAACGUAUGUCCAGUUGCGUUGCUGAUCGAAGGCCUCUGAAAAAUGUUACACAAGCAGAAGCCUGCACACACAUCUGUUUUCAUGGGUGUACUACUACUACGUUGAUUUGGCUCUGGAAUACCCACCCACCAGUAAAGGGAAUCAGAGGGACCCAUGUGCUUUCCUCAGCUGGCGAGUGGAUGUUUUACUGCUUCCUUUCCCCUAACUUCUUGGACUAAUGCAUUCAUUAGUUCUCCAAACCACUUAUCCAUUGGAUUAAAUCAAUAUUGUACAUUAAUCAUGCCUUAAGCUGAGUAUAAAAAGAAGUUGUUGCUGUUCUACUGCUUUUUGUUCAUAACAUACAGAUGUUUUCUUCUUGGUCUACCAUAGAAAUGGAACCUAGAUUCUAUUUCUAUGGUCUCCAUUCUCUGAUUCUGUUUCCCACUAAUGAACAGAUCACACUUGCACUGUAAUAGGAUUUGAAUAAUUGACUCGAUGCUGCAGUUGGAUCCUAUAGGGCACAAUGUAAUAAUGUACUGUACAGUGGUCACAUGUGGAAACCAUUUUGUGUGAGUGUAUGUGUGUGAGAAGAAACCAGUAGCGAUGCAGAGGAUUGGUGGCCUUUCUGAGAUAAUUUGUAUUGUAUGUUUUCAGAUGGAAGUGUCCUCUUACACAAUUUGUGUACAAAUAAAGUUUAUUAGAGAAUAAUUUUGCAAGAAAAAUCCCCCUUGUCCUGUGUUUCUUUAAAUGAGAGAUGGUUUUAAAGGAAUAGUUCACCCAAAUUACAUAUUGGUUUCAUUACCCUCUAAGCAGUCUAUGGACAAGGUAUGACGGGAAUCCAUGCUUUAGUUUAGCUAGCAAAUUAUAACGGGCUAAUGUGAUGCUCCAUUAGCCGUUACAGGAUAGGUACUGUUUGGCGUAGCAGCAUAAAGAAUUGUCGACCAGCCUUAAUUUGGUGAUACUAUCUUCAUUCGGCCAUACGUGUACCUUGUAAAAUAUCUGUGUCCAGUUGCAGGUGGUUUGUUUGAAUUUAUGAAAAUAAAUAAAUAUUUUUUCUCCAUGAA